AUGAGUGAGACAGACGAUACUGAUGUUCUCUUACUAAUACCACCAAAUUUCUUUUUAGUACAGAGUUCUGAAUCAGAAGAUUCUUUUCUGGAAUCUUCUAGAACUGUUGUGCAUAAGCCCAAAUCCUGCACUGCACAAGUAUUGGGAAAAUUAGUGGAUCAAGUUCAUACAUUGGAAUCUAGGUUAGAAAAUUUAGAGAUCAACAGUGAUACAUCUAGUUUCGGCACAGUAAGGAGACCGAAGACGUGGGACACCACGGAUAGUAUCGACAGCCAAAGUUUAGACCGCAAGUGUUUUACAUUUCCUCGCAGGCGUAAAAGAAAAACUACAAAAAAGUCUAAAAGAUUUGAUUUAUCCCUCAGCGGCUUAGAUUCAGCUAGCACAGGCAGAAAAUCCAUACCACCUUUGAAAUUGGGUAUAGAUUUAGAUCAGUUGAACUCUAAACCCAAAGAAAUCAUAAAUGACCUUCAAAGUAUGGAUGCUGAUUUAAGUAGUAUAGUUUCAACACCUACUAAAAAGAAUGACAAAUUGCUCUUACAUGAAAUAGAUGAAUUCCUUACAAAAGUUGAAAGUUAUGAGACUCCCGAUACCAAAUAUAAGGAUCAUGAGCCAUCACUUAGUCCUGAAAAUGUGAUAAAGGCUACUGGGGACUAUAUUUCACAAAAACUAGACUCAAAGAACAAUGAAGAAGAAGUAAAGCUACCAAGUGGCAGGAUGGUGUCAAGCAGUGUACUUGAUAAAUACAUUUAUUUAGUAAAAAGUAACUCGGGAACAGCUAGAUUUGAGAAACCAACUACUUCAGAGAAUUAUAAGGGUAACAAUGAGGAGACUAGUGCUUCCCACCCUGAAAGUUCAUCAAAGGAGUCAGCAGAAGCAUGUAAUAGAGACACCAGAACACCAUCAAUGAGAAAACUGAAUUUCUCAGAUAAAGAUGUACAACCAACAUCUACUCCAAAAAGACCUCAAUCUAAUUACUUGGACACCUUCAGACCUUCAUCAAAUAAAAUAUAUGACAGAGCAUCAAAAGUCUUAGAGCAGUACAAAUCUCAGAGUCACAGUAGAAAUCAAGGUUCUGUCAAUGAUAGCUACCUGUCUCCUAAAAAGGAAGAGUUCAAGAUGCCACAAAUGAGACCUUAUUGCUAUAGCAAUAAGGAAGCAAAACUGAGCUCCUUGCAGAAUAGGUAUAUGGAGUCUAUAGACACUGAUUUAUUGAGCUUGAGUGAGCUGUGGGGGGAUAGGGGAGACCGUCCAGAGAGAAUAGACAGUGUGAAGCUGGAAGAGGAAAGACUUAAAAGAGAGCACUGUGAAUCAAUGAUACAACAACUGCAGAAAAAGAUCUUAGAACAACAAGAGAAGUUGGCAGUGGCUGUGAAAGUGGACCGAGCUAAAGAUGCAGCCAUUGGGAAGCUGAGAGAAGCCUGGUUGAAGCUCACUGGGAGCUUGGAUAAGGCCGAGGAGAGACAUAGAGCGGCUCUGGAGAAGAUGGAUAGAGAGGUUGAGAACUUUAGGAUGAUUGCUGAUGAAGCACAGAAGAAAACCAGUCACUUUGAAGCAGAAUUGUACAAAGCUUUGGACUUGGCUCAUGAUUAUCAAGAAAAAUGUAAACAACUGACUGCAGAGAAGAAAGAAAUUGAUGAGAAAAUACUAAAGACAGUACAAGAUAGAGAUGAAAUGGUUGCAAUGAAAGAUAAGGAAGUAGAAGCAUUGAAAGAAAACUGCCAAACGAUUAUGAGACUUAAUAAACAGUCGACUGAUUGUAUUAAAAAUUUAGAGGAAGCAUUAGAAAAGGAAAAAGCUGAUCAUCACGAGACAAAAUCCAAAAUAAAAGAGUUAGCUAACAAGAUUCAGUCUGUGGAAGACACGAAUUCACUUAUAACGCAAGAACGUGAUUUGCUAAAGGAGAAAGUGAAUGAAGAACGAUCUCGCAAUAAUCUUCUGGAGAAACAGAUGGGAGAUCAACAGAACCACACUGCUGAAGUGAUGAGGAAAUGCGACAACUUAGAAACUGAAGUGAAGACUCUUCGGAAACACCUGGAGUUUCAGAAGACCGAGCUGAAGUGUCACUAUCAGAAACAGCUGGAGGACGCCGUGCUGUCCAAGCUGCAGGAGUUCCAGCAACAGCUCGACGUGGCUGAACGAGACAUGGAGGCGGACGCCAGGGCCAAGGAGAACGCACUUAUUGAUACUUAUAACAAACAGAUAUGUAGGAUUGAGGAACAACACAAACUGGAAGUAAACGUAAUGGAAGAGAAGCAGAGAGAAGAGAUCAAGUUGUACAGGUUGCAACUAGCGCAGGCCGGGGAGAAGAUAGGAUUACUCGAGAGUAAGUUGGAGUCGUUCCGUCGGCGGCGCGGCGCGCUGGCGGGGCAGCUGCACGCCGUGAUGCAGGCGCAGUGCCGCGCCGCCUUGCGACUGCUCACGCACGGAGACUCCAGGGGCUCGCAUGUAUCUACUCCAGUGUCAGAAUACACAAAGAUACCGCCACUAACUCUACCGGAGCGAGGACUCGUGCGGUCGGAAGCUCGGUGCGAUGCUCGAUCCGACAAUCGCACGGACAACAACUCCGACGAGCGGCUGGACGGUCGGUCGGACGAGCGACACGACAAACUAAACUUCGACGGCCUUACAGACACCGAGCUACAACAGUAUGUUAAACUGCUGUUAACAAAAGCACCGAACUUCGACGGCAGUGGCGAUAUGUUGGAGUUACAUCGCGAGCUCAGCGAGGAACCGACGAGCGACCGACCCGACAGAUCUGACACCGCUGAGCGGCCUGAACAACCAGAGCGGAGGGACAAGCGUCGCCUUAGCAAACCACCUUGGAAAGCCUAA